CUCCACUGUCGCCGGCUUGCAAGUUGCUUGCCCGGCCUUACCCAGAUGCAUCCCCCUUGCUUUGCUUUCUUUCUCCAGCUGUGUGCUCCCUUCCCGCGGUUUAUACUCCACUCCAGACACCACCUAUAUAUAUGCGCCCACAAAUCCACCAUUCCAUCGCAAAAGCUAAACACAAUUCAAGCAGGACCAAAGGGUUAAGGAAGCAAGAGGUGAUCAGAAGAAGAUGUGCCCGAUCAAGAAGGAGAUGAGCGCCGAGUUGGGCUCCCCGUGCAGCUCGACCUCGUCGGAGCACCACCAGACAGUGUGGACCUCGCGGCCGAAGCGGCCCGCGGGGCGGACCAAGUUCCGGGAGACGCGGCACCCCGUGUUCCGCGGCGUCCGGCGCCGGGGCAAUGCCGGGCGGUGGGUGUGCGAGGUGCGCGUACCGGGGAGGCAUGGCUGCAGGCUCUGGCUCGGCACCUUCGACACCGCCGAGGCCGCCGCGCGCGCGCACGACGCCGCCAUGCUCGCCAUCGCCGGCGCGGGCGCGUGCCUCAACUUCGCCGACUCCGCCUGGCUGCUGGCCGUGCCGGAUUCGUACGCCAGCCUCGCCGACGUCCGCCACGCGGUCGCCGAGGCCGUGGAGGACUUCCAGCGCCGCGAGGCGCUCGCGGACGACGCGCGCUCGGCCACGUCCUCGGCGCCGUCCUCCCCUGCCAACGAAGAAGAUGACGGCAGCACCACCGGCGGCGAGGGGUCCUCUCCGGCCACCAAGGACUCGCCGUUCGAAUUGGACGUGUUCAGCGACAUGAGCUGGGACUUGUACUACGCGAGCUUGGCGCAGGGGAUGCUCAUGGAGCCGCCGUCCUUGGUCACGGCGUUCGGCGACGGCGACGUCGCUGAUGUUCCACUCUGGAGCUACUAGAAUCGAGGCAGCUGUACUUACUUUUGCUUUUUCUUUCUCUUGGCCUCCGAUGCCAAAUUUUGGUAUUGUAACGGUUACUUCUUUUGGUAAUGAGAUAGAGCAGGUUGGGGAAA